CUGAAUUCGAGACGGCACUUUGCAGUUUCUUUUAUUUAACACACCUUUGUGUUAAAAAUCAUGUAAUACCUCUCAAAACUAUUGUUAAUAUUCAAAAUAAAUAACUGCAUUUCAAUUUUUCUCUGAAACUCACAAAAUGAAAAAGUUAUCUGGUAAAUAGGCCUAGAUAGGCCUUGGUCCAGUUUACGGACAACGAUAUAAGGAACAGAUUUAAAGCAGGAUGGCUGUCAAUGCGAGCCUCUGGCUCAAGUUUGAUCCAUUCCACAUCGGUGCACUCCAAGUCUCACCACAUCCAAAACUCUCCCUCCAUUACUUGCGAAAGAUAGCAGUGUAUGCAAAGACUAAAGGCAAGGCAGGAUUUCCUCAGCUGAGCUACCCAGUAUGGAGACACAUUGCAGUGAACAAACUCAACAUAUCUGAUGACCUUGCAUGGAUGUUCUUUGAGGGUUAUGACCUCCUGUGCGAGUGUCCUGCAGAGACAAGACUGAAACUGGCUGAGAAGCUUCAAGGUUGCAAAACACCACAAGAAAAAGAGUUUAUCAAGAACCAGGCAUCAGUGGAUACCUUGGAGUUCCUGAUUUAUUUGUUCCUUCAGCAGGUCCACAAGAUAUCGUUGCGUUCUUCCCUGGUGUCCGGGGAAGAAUGGCCCAUGCGUCCACGCUCCCCAGAUGUAGACAGCAGAGGUGGAACCAUUAAUUCCAAGAGUUUGGACGAAAACACCCACAUGACCUUUCUACAGACUCACCUCAGUGACAUGCUGUCACUCUUAGUAGAAGCUGAUCCCUAUGCUGGUUCAGCCACCGAUGUCCUUAUGUCUCUGCAGUCAGUACAAGCCAUGAGCUUCAUAUUGGAAGGAUGUGCAGAUGGCAACAGGACAGUCAAACCUAUUCAUGAGUUAGCCAAGACACAGGGCAUUCAACUUAAAAGUGGCUAUUCAAAGAUCACACUGGCCUUUACCUGUCGCACGUUUGAGUCUUGGAUCCGAACUAGUCUGGUGGCCAAUCCAUAUGGUGUAGCUGCAUGUAUCUCGGCUGGGCACAGACUCUCCUGGCCUACUGCAGGCGGUGAUGGAGAUGCAGUGAAGAGAGGCCGCAUGGCUACCAAUGCUCAGAAAGCGCCAUCAAAAAACAAAUUGGUGAUAUUAUCACAGAUCUGCAAACAGACCCUAGCAAAGAGCUCCUCUACUCUUGUCAAUGCUCGGGUCAAAGUUCACAGAUGUCACCAUUCCUUUAUCUACCUAUUGUCACCCCUCAAGUUUGUGAGCAUAGAAAAAUGCCGCCACUCCACCAUUGUGCUUGGUGCCGUGGAUACCACAGUACAUCUGAGUGGAUGUGAGGAUACCAAAGUCAUCACAGCUUGCCGACGGUGUAGCGUAAGUGGUUCGACUCUCUGCACCCUUCAUCUACUGACACCCACGAGGCCACUCCUACUGGGUGGGAACGACUCCAUUACCCUUGCUCCAUACCACACCCACUAUCCCAUGCUGCAGCAGCAUAUGGCCCAGGUGGGGCUUAGUGAGCACCCCAAUGAUUGGGAUCAACCCCUUUGCAUUGGACCUGACCAUCAAGAAGACAGCCCAGUAUAUGAGUUGAUGAAACCCAAAGACUUCUUCACUUUUGUGGUUCCCUUUGAGAUGCAAGGAGAGACAACAGAGAUACCAGGAGGGUUGCCAGCAAGAUUUGAGAGGACUUUGACUGAAAGGAACCGACAGAUCCAGGGUUGGCUGCAGAUGGUAAAGGAGGCGGGCUUGCCCACGGCCAAACGCAAACAGUUUCAGACCUUGGUAGAGAGCAGAUUUCAGGUUUGGUUGGAAGAAAGUGGACACAAGAGGGAGCUAGACAGCCUCGUACCAGCACAUGCGUCACUUGCCAAGUGAAUCUGUCACCUGUGGAAUGUCAUCUUUGUCAAACAGCUAAUGUAGACCGCUGAAGUCAGUCAACUCCAAACUAAGUAGGUUGGGAUACAGUCUUGGGGAAUGAGGUGAGAAUCUUAGUGCUGUGACUGUGUGUUACUUUCAGUAAACAAAUCAUGGCGAGAGAGAACUGUUUGAGUUGUCUGUAAACCAGAAUUUCGAUGAAAUACAAAGCGCUUGGAUGAGCAUCACACAAGCUCUGGGGAUGCCAUCAUUCAUGGUAUUUAGUUGUAGUUACUUUCAAUACAGUAACAUGGUAAUUGAAACUACUCAGCUGAUAAACUUAAUACGCAAGUUUGGUUCGGUGCACAUUGGGAAAUGAGUGUUGAUUUGCUGUUACUGUACACUUUGUUUUAUUUGGCUCUUUCUUCCAUUUGUAAGCCAUCAUUUGCUAAAAGCUAAAGGAUGCAGAUGUGCACAUUGUUGUAGUAAUGUAACGUACGUCAAAAUGCCAGUUUUGUUUAUGGAACUCAAUACGGACGUUUCACAAAAGUGCGCCUUCAAGAGUUUGCAAUGCAUUGACCAAUCACAGUGCGCGAAAUCUGUCGACCCAAUGUGCGUUUGGAAAGGGUCGACAGAUUUCAUGCACUGUGAUGGGUCAACGCGGUGCAAACUCAGGGAGGCGCACUACAUGUAUUGUGAAUCACCCAUAUUAUCAAAUGUAGAUACUUUUCGGAUUCUUUGUAUGUUUAUGUAGUGUUUUUGCUAUUUAUUGUUAUCUUAUUAUGAAAGCAAAAUUUGCCAAAAGCAGUUUUGAUGAUGCAUCCCCCAAGUAUGGAAGGACCUAUUACUGAUGUUUAAUACAGAAAAAAUUUAAAUGUGUAGAAACUCCCCUUGAACAAAGCUCUAUUUCAUUGAGCCAUUCAGCAGACAAAUGCAGAUUACCAGCCAAAAUGCAUCUUUUCUUUUUAGUGUACAACCGGUUCCCGGCUGGUGUUGUUCAUAUUGCCCAGCAAUAUUUUGCGGUUCUAUCUUCACCUUUCACCUCUGUGGCCCAGGGUUCAAAUCCCACCCAGGCCAACAUAGGGAUUCGCUUUUCAGUCCCUGCUUGGGUUUUCUCUCUCUGGUGUUCAGUGUUUUCCUCCCACCUCUAAAACUGAUCAUUUCUUCAUGUCUUCACCCCCAUUACUCCAAAGAGAAGGUUAAAAACUGAUAGGACCCUAUUCUGCUUGAAUACAGAUAUAAAUGUAUGAAAUCAAGUAAGUAUUCACAAGAAUCGCCAAAAUACAUAAAUACGUAUUCAUUUAAAGGAGGAAAAUUGCAUCUAAAAUGGAUUCUUUAUGCUUGAAAUUUGAUUUCAAAAGCAUUUAUUUUAUUUAUAAACUCCCCCUAACGAUAUUUAUAACUCAACAUAUCAUAGUGUUGUGUAAGUUUUUCACACCUGAACUCUGUCAUUUUUUUUUCAGCAUGUAUCAUUCAUCAAUUUUUCAGCAUGUAGCUGUUUGGAAUAUUUCACAGAUUUGUUUGUAAUAAAUAUGGAAUGUGCCAUGUAAA